UAUUGAAGAAAGGACGUGGGUUUUCUUUUUUUCUUACGCUUUAGCCUUGUCUUUUCAAGGACUGGAGCUGCUUUCAGGGCACGCCAAGGGGCAGCAAAAGCCAGUGUGUAUACUCUGUGUUUUAGCACAGAGCUCCUCUCCUGAUAACUGUGAAAAAAAGGACGUGUAUCCUGUGGGGCAAGGCCAUCCUUGCAUCCGUGGCCUUCCUGCACUAGAGCUUUCCCCUCUAGAGACACCUUGGCAGAUCCAGGCACCCUAGGACUGCCAUGCCACAGGCAGCGCCCAAGGUGAGCCACACUUGCUGCCGUGCCACCACCAUGGUGACACUGGGGAGCCCGUAGAAGGUGUGAGGCUGGCAUUUCGUUCUUCACAUGGCCUCACCCUUCUGGCUGACCAAAAUGCCAUCGUGAAAGGUUUUGCUGGGUCUCAGCAAAGUCAGCCUGAUCAAUGCCAGCUGGAAAGUGGCACUCAGUUCCGAGGAGCUGUUGAAUGGAGAGGUGCCAGAAACUGCAGGCAUUGGGUCCUCAGGGAUAUGAGCGAAAGUCAGACAGGCUAUGAAAAGGCUUUACAUCCUGUUGCUAAUUCAAAGCCAACAUGCCCAGUCCUCUCCCUGGUGGUGCUGCAGGCUGUUGUGGAAAGGAACUGCUCAGGGAAGUAGCUUCAUCUUGAGGAAGACAAAAACAUUACAAAGAUGUUUGCAUGUUUGGUUUGUUGCUGGUUUGGUUUGCAUGAGCAGUUAUGUUCAAGAAAAAGAGUUUUACCUGCAAGUUUAGUUUAUUUUUUAAAGAGGUGUCUGUUGCUCAGGACUUGCUUGAAUUAAAACUGUGGUUCAUUUUUAGGGUCACCCAGUUGCAGUUUUUAGGAAAACUCACUGAUCUGUGGUGGUUGUGCCAUGCCAGGUUUUAUUCUGUAUAUUUUUCUUCUGACUAUGAGCAUGAAUUUAUCCCAAGCUUUCUCUGCUGUCGCUUUUUGAUGGAGUCUCUGAGCUCACAAGCAGGCACUAAGAGUCUUUUUUGUCUAAUCACUUUUAAAAAGGGAGGAGGGGACCCCCUCAUACAGUUAGUCAAGGGCUAUGUUAAAAGAGCUAAUGCGCUUUGGAAUCAGCAGCUCUCAGUACUACAGAGGGAAAAACAGACAAGCUUUUAUCCCUGUUUCCACAAACACUGUGCUACCACCUUGACUUCAAACAUGGUGGUGUAACACGGGGUUCUGCCUUUCUGCCCUCUCCUGAUACCAGCCGCUUCCCAUUUGGGAUCCCACCAUUCCGUAUGGCACCUGCACACACAUCCCCAUCAGCAGCCCGUGCUGUUCCGUGGGAAGAGGAGUUCUGUCCUGAACCAACCUCUCCUUUUCCCAAACCCUUUCAGAGAAAAUGAACCUAACUUUACAGUGUGAAAUUAAUACUUUGAAAUGGGGACGGGGGUUGAGUAGAUUGCUGUCCAUGCCCGGGAGUCAUGCAGGGACUUCACAGCUGAUCUGCUCAGGAAUCCACUGCCACAGAUCCACUGCAUCCCCUGAGGCAGCUUAUGGGACCCUUCCCUGGGCGCCCCAGGUCACACCGCAUGGGAUGGCAAUGACACGUGGAAGGAAGAGGCCCAUGUCCCCCAUCCCUUGCCUCAUGCUUGCAGCUGCCAGCUGUUUUGCCAAACUGAGUGAAUCUCUGCAGGUCACAGUACAACCUGCUUCUAUUGUCCAAAAACUAGGGGGCCCAGUCAGCCUGGGGUGUGUGGUGGACCCCCCUCGAGUGAACCUCACCUGGAGACUGAACGGGAAGGAGCUGACUGGAUCAGACGAGGUGCUGGGUAUCCAUGUGGAGCGAGGGAAGCUCAUCAUCACGGCUCUCAACAACCACACCGUGGGCCGAUACCAGUGCAUCGCUCGUGUGCCUGAAGGAGUCAUUGCCAGUGUCCCUGCAGUGGUCACCUUGGCUAAUCUCAAAGAUUUCAAGUUCGAUGGCCAGCAUGUGAUCGAGGUGGAUGAAGGGAACACAGCUGUGAUUGCCUGUGACCUGCCUGAAAGUCACCCUAAGGCUCAGGUCCGCUACAGUGUGAAGCAGGAGUGGCUGGAGGCCUCCCGAGACAAUUAUCUUAUUAUGCCAUCUGGGAACCUUCAGAUCGUUAAUGCUAGCCAGGAGGAUGAGGGGACUUAUAAAUGUGCUGCCUACAACCCCGUGACACAGGAGGUGAAAACUUCAGUCUCCAGCGAGAGGCUCCGUGUGAGACGCUCCACAGCGGAGGCAGCCCGGAUAAUCUACCCUCCUGAGGCUCAGACCAUCAUUGUCACCAAGGGCCAGAGCCUCAUUCUGGAGUGUGUGGCCAGCGGGAUCCCCCCACCACGGGUCACCUGGGCCAAAGAUGGCUCUGGCGUCUCUGCCUACAACAAGACACGCUUCCUGCUCAGCAACCUCCUGAUCGACCCCACGAGCGAGGAGGACUCGGGCACCUACAGCUGCAUGGCUGACAAUGGCGUUGGGGAGGCUGGGGCCGCGUUCAUCUUCUACAAUGUGCAGGUGUUUGAACCCCCGGAGGUCACCAUGGAGCUGUCCCAGCAGAUCAUUCCUUGGGGCCAGAGUGCCAAGUUCACAUGCAGGGUGCGAGGGAACCCGCAGCCCUCGGUGAUGUGGCUGCGUAACGCGGUGCCGCUGCUGGGCAGCCACCGGCUGCGGCUGUCACGCCGAGCGCUGCGCCUGCUCAGCGUGGGGCCUGAGGACGAGGGCAUCUACCAGUGCAUGGCUGAGAACGAGGUGGGCAGUGCCCAAGCCAUGGUGCAGCUGAGGACAGCCCGCCCGGGAGCUCCACUCAACCCUGGGCAAGAUGCCCAGCUGUACUCGGCUCAGCCUCCAACACCACCUUCCAGAGACAGUGGCUUCAAGCUGCCCUCGGAUAAAGCUGGACUGCCAAAGCCUGGGACAAGCCCUCUGUCAGCAUCUCCACAGUGUGUAGCCAACAAGGAGCUGGUGACUCCAGCUGAAGCCCCCAUCAUUCUCAGUUCUCCACGGACAUCCAAGACGGACAGCUACGACCUGGUGUGGCGACCCCGGCCUGACAGCAGAGCCCCCAUCCUCUACUACAUGGUGAAGCAUCGCAAGCAGGUCACCAACGCCUCAGACAGCUGGGCUGUGAGGGAUGUCCCAGCCUCGCAGCACCGCCUGACCCUCACCAGGCUGGACCCUGGGAGCCUCUAUGAGGUGGAGAUGGCUGCUCACAACUGUGCCGGCGAGGGACAGACGGCCAUGGUGACCUUCCGCACUGGCCGACGCCCAAAACCAGAGAUUGUUGCCAGCAAAGAGCAGCAGAUCCAGAGGGAUGACCCAGGCACGAGCACUCAGAGCAGUAACCAGGCCGACAACAGCCGUCUGUCCCCUCCAGAGGCACCAGACCGUCCAACCAUCUCCAUGGCCUCAGAGACAUCUGUGUACGUGACCUGGAUCCCCCGUGGGAAUGGCGGGUUCCCCAUUCAGUCUUUCCGCGUGGAGUAUAAGAAACUGAAGAAGUUGGGAGACUGGGUCCUGGCCACCAGUGACAUUCCUCCCUCUCGCCUCUCUGUGGAAAUCCCAGACCUGGAGAAAGGCACAUCCUAUAAAUUCCGUGUCCGGGCGCUGAACAUCCUGGGCGAGAGCGAGCCCAGUGCGGCAUCUCGGCCAUACGUGGUGUCUGGCUACAGCAACCGCGUCUACGAGCGCCCCGUGGCUGGGCCCUACAUCACCUUCACGGACGCCAUCAACGAGACCACCAUCAUGCUCAAGUGGAUGUACAUCCCAGCCAGCAACAACAACACUCCCAUCCAUGGAUUUUACAUCUACUACCGCCCCACUGACAGUGACAAUGACAGUGACUACAAGAAGGAUGUAGUGGAAGGAGAUCGGUACUGGCACUCCAUCAGCCACCUGCAGCCAGAGACCUCGUAUGACAUUAAGAUGCAGUGCUUCAAUGAGGGAGGUGAAAGCGAGUUCAGCAAUGUGAUGAUCUGUGAAACCAAAGCUCGGAAGUCUCUUGGUCUGCCAAGUCGUCUUCCACCUUCCACAGUGCCCCCUCAGCAGCGUCCCCCACUCGGCAGUGGGCACAGUGGCCUGGGGACAGGAGCCAUGGUGGCCCGUUCCAGCGAUUUGCCAUACUUGAUUGUAGGUGUUGUGCUGGGCUCCAUCGUACUUCUCAUCGUGGCUUUCAUCCCCUUUUGCCUUUGGAGAGCUUGGUCCAAGCAGAAGCAAACCAUUGACAUGAGCUUCCCAGGAGCUGGACUGCUGGUGUCGUCCUGCCAGUACACCAUGGUGCCUUUGAGAGGCAUCUCUGCUCCUCGUGCCAAUGGACAUCCCUUUGUUAAUGGGCAGCCCUAUGCCAGCAGGGCACAUCUGAAUGGCAUCUGCACCUCUGCAGGAGUGGGGUACACAAGCACCAAGCCCCGAGAUUACAGCCCUGAUGAAAUGCCGCAGUCACAUGAGGAGACCAAUGCCUUGCUGCAGGCAAGAGUGCUGCAGAAUGGGAGUGCCCAGCAAGACUACCAGCCCUCCAGAUUGCCCAGCUCCAGAACAGAAGACAGCUCUUUCCUCUACAGUCUCCCAGAUGACUCCACUCACCAGCUUCUUCAGCCACAAGAUGACUGUCCUCACCUUCAAGAGCACUUUUUUGGCCUCCAUCAUCCAGUGAUGGGAAGCAAAGUGGGAGGCCCUAGCCUAGAUGCUCGACGAGAUACCCUCUUCCACCAAGGAAGCCCUUGCUGCUUAGGCCUAGUGCCAGUUGAAGAGGUAGAAAGACUAGAUUGCUGCCAGUCCAGAGGAGAUCUCCAUGCCCAGAAUCCAGUGAUCACAUCUUUGGGUCAGGACCUACCAAGACAUCUGAACAGCAGCACUCCACCACUGAGACCCUUAGAGACUCAUCUUCCUACCAGCUAGGGACCAAGCUGCCUUUUGCAAAAGACUAUUCUAAAGAGAAAAAGUGAAAGGGUAUUUAUUUUUGUAUAACACCCCUAUUUAUAUAUUUAUGCACUUGUAUAUAGAUGUAUAUGUGCCUUUUAUAAUGCUAUGGAGACAGAAAGCAUCCUCAGCAAGGUCACAGGAGGCCCUAGGAAACAAGGCAGCAGCACCCAAUGGCAUCAGCUGGACAAAGGACACUGUGGGACAUGGGUCUUAAGAGAGCUGCCACCACCAAGAGCCAGCACCCUCGUGCAGUGAGGGCUUCACAACAAAUAAUGCUGUCAAAAAGGUCUUCCUCUGCCCCAAGGAAGGUUUGUUCCAGGAACACACUCCUGUGAAUGGACUGGAGUUAUGUACUCUGCCUGAUCAAUUUAAACAGCCUUUCACAUACAUGUCAUCUGCAGCCACCUAUCUGUAAGGACAAAUCCACGCUUUAACAUCAAAAAUAAAGGCUUUAGUCUUUGCUGUC